CAUUGGCCCACUCAACACCCACAAACCCUAGCCGCUACCUCAUCCUCCCUCUCUUUUCACGGCUGCUCACUCCCUCUCUUUUUACACCUGCCCGUUCUCCUUCUUCGCGCCUCUUCCCUUUUCUGCUACUAUCUUCAGUACUUGCUGAGUUUCAACAAUGAUUAUUUCAGAAAAGAACCGUAGGGAAAUCUCCAAAUAUCUCUUUCAAGAGGGGGUUUGCUAUGCCAAGAAGGAUUACAAUUUGGCCAAGCACCCAGAAAUCGACGUGCCUAACUUGCAGGUUAUUAAGUUGAUGCAGAGCUUCAAGUCCAAGGAAUAUGUGCGCGAGACAUUUGCCUGGAUGCAUUACUACUGGUACCUCACCAAUGAUGGUAUUGAGUUUCUUAGGACUUACCUCAAUCUCCCGUCUGAAAUUGUCCCUGCUACCUUGAAGAAACAAGCUAAGCCCGCUGGUAGGCCCUUUGGCGGACCACCCGGCGAUCGUCCACGGGGUCCACCUCGUUUUGAGGGUGGUGAGAGGAGGUUUGGUGACCGUGAUGGUUACCGUGGAGGUCCUCGUGGACCUGGCGGUGAGUUUGGUGGUGACAAAGGAGGAGCUCCUGCAGAUUACAGACCUUCGUUUGGGGGUCCUGGUGGAAGGCCAGGUUUUGGCCGUGGAGCUGGUAGCUACGGCGGAGGAGCUGCACCAAGCUCAAACCUUCCUUGAAAAGUAUGGUCAUACAAGCAGUUCAAUGAAUUUUCAGUGGAACGAGUUAGCAGCUUGAGUGAAGAGUUUGUUAGCUUUUUUUUCCCCCCCUUUCAUUUAGCUUAUGGGAAUUUUAUAAAUUCAAAAUUUCAUUGUGCAAAUUGAAGUUUACAAGAACUACUGUUUUUCAAGUAUAAAUUUUGUUCUUCUCUUUGAGCGCCUUAUUAUCGUUUGUACCAUUUUAGCAAGAUUUAAAUUUUAAUGUUUUUGAAGUCUGAUUGUCUCAGGAAAAAGGGAACAAGCAUUUUAAUCAAUUUCUUAUAAUUAUAAUUAAACUAUUUUCUUCCA